CCGCCGCCCGUCAUCACCUUCCCCGCCUACCCUCGAGUCCCCCAACGUCUCCCCGCGACUGACAGCCAGAGCCGGAAGUUGACAGCGGGGAGAGCCGCCCACGGCUGGCAGCGGAAGUGCGGGGCGGUCGGCGGACAGCCCUGUGGUGCCCAGAGCGGGUGGGCGCGCCGCGAGCCCCGGGUGGACCCGGACGCGGUCAAGGAGCGCAUCAUGCAAGCUCAGAUUUGUGUUGAAGCCAGGGCUCACUGAUCUAAGUUUCAUGUGUCCAGGGGUGCCCCUGGGGGUCUCAGGACGUCUUCCCUCCACCUCUGCCCUGUGGUCAGUAGCUCUGCCAUCGGAGUCACAAGAUGACAGCCGCAGUCCUGCUCCCAACUUGUGCUCAGCCUCACCUAUACCUGGCCUCUCUCCAGAAAGAAGGCCCAGGGAAGGAGAGGCUGGCCAGCGAGGUCCUCAUGGGCUGGACACGGGACCUUGUGACCUUCAAGGAUGUGGCUGUGGAGUUCAGCCAGGAGGAGUGGGCCCUGCUGGACACUUGGCAGAGGACGCUGUACAGUGAGGUGACGCUGGAGAAUUGCCGCAACCUGGUCUCUCUGGGGUGCCAUGUUGAUGUGCCCAGCCUGGCUGCCCAAUUGGAACUCUGUCCCCAGGUGGGGACAGAGGAGAGUGGAGUUGUCCAAGACACCUGUGCAGAGUUGGAGCAUGCCCUUCAAGCCAAAUGGCUAAGUCCUGAAAAGCAUGUUUUUAGAAGACAGCAGUCUAAACAUGGGAAAACAGACAGCGGCCAUGGCAGGGCGAACGUCAACGAAUGCAGCCAGUGUUUUAAGGUGUUCAGCACCAAGUCCAACCUGACCCAGCACCAGCGGACCCACACGGGCGAGAAGCCGUACGGCUGCACCGAGUGCGGCAAGGCCUUCAGCAGCCGCUCGUACCUGACCAUCCACCGGCGGAUCCACAACGGGGAGAAGCCGUUCGCCUGCCGCCACUGCGGCAAGGCCUUCAGCGACCCGUCGUCGCUGCGGCUGCACGUGCGCAUCCACACCGGGGAGAAGCCCUACGCCUGCGGCCAGUGCUCCCACGUCUUCCGCACCAGCUGCAACCUCAAGAGCCACACGCGCACGCACGGCGGGGAGAGCCACCACGAGUGCCGCCAGUGCGGCAAGGCCUUCAGCACGCGGUCCUCGCUGACCGGCCACCGCAGCGUGCACACCGGCGAGAAGCCCUUCGCCUGCGGCCUCUGCGGCAAAACCUUCCGCAAGAGCUCGUACCUGACGCAGCACGCGCGCACGCACACUGGGGAGAAGCCCUACGCAUGCGCGCACUGCGGCAAGGCCUUCAGCAGCAGUUUCUCACUGACGGUGCACAAGCGCACGCACACCGGGGAGAAGCCCUACGCAUGCGCCGACUGCGGCAAGGCCUUCAACAACCUCUCGGCGGUCAAGAAGCACGUGCGCACGCACACUGGGGAAAAGCCCUACGCAUGCGCACACUGCGGCAAGGCCUUCACCAGCAACUCCUACCUCUCCGUGCACCAGCGGCUGCAUAGCCAGUGGACCUGACCCGUCCUCCCCCCACCCCCACGCAAACACGUACGGGCUCGCGCUGAGCGCGGGCACUCAGGGAGGCGUCAGCCAAAGCUCCAGGUCUCCCGGGAGGCGGCCAUGGCAGGGAGGCCACUGAGGAAGCUGCCGCCGCCUCCUUCAUGAGAAGGCAGUUCAUAGCGCUGUCCCCCAAGCCCAGUCUUGACGUAGCCGGAGGCCACCCACAGGACGAAAGCUUCCGGGAAACACAGCGUCAACGUGAUGACAUCAAGCCCCCAGCCGCCCGCAUCCGGGAAACAUGCCGUGACCAUGAUGGCGUCAAGCCCUCAGCCGGCUUCCUCCUUUGAACCCAUAGAAGUGCCCUGCAUUCGCUCUGAGGGACCUUGCGUCAUCUCUAUAUACAGAGCUUCAUCUCGAGGUCACCCUGAUGGGCCCAGACGACGCGGCAUAGGAGCCCUGGGACCCAGAGGACAUCAGGAGAGCCUUCCGGGCCGGGGCCCGACGGCGGCCCACCCCCAGCGGGGGCUGGGGACGCAGGCGACCCCCACAGACCCCACAGCACGCCCAGCCUUCCGGGGUGCACCGUGAGACUACAGGGACUACAGGAAGGCUUCGCGUGUCCCCCCGCUUGCAGAGACCCCCGAGCAUCCAUUCUAGAGGGAAAUCCCAAAGCCUUCGGUUGUCACCAUCGGGGAAACUUGGGAAGGUGAAACAAGGAAAGGCUUCCGCGAUGCCCUUUAACAUUGGGGAAAGUAGGAACGUUUUCCUGGAGGCCAAACCCCCAAGUGUGCUAAUGGGGGGCGUUUUCCUGCAUGAGUUUGCACACAAGCCAACGGGGGGGGGGGCUUCAGCCUCCCCCUUAAGUAAUGGUGGAGUAAGUGGGGGUGGAGCAGUCGUCACCAACUUUGAUCCGCAGGUUGAACCGGUAAAUCACCAAUUUCUAGUCUUUGCUUUUGUAAGAACAUUUAUGCAUUUAUGUCCAUGUCAUCUCCCCAAAGUAAGGCUCCUGUUAACAUCCCCACAAUUUUUAUUAUAAUUUGCUCUAAAGAGCAGUAACAUGGU